AUGACUAUCGAAAUCCUUGAAAGCAGUGUCCAAGGACACUCGCUUGUCGCGGGCCGCCAUUUCAAGCCCGGCGAUUUAGUGAUGCAGGAACCAGUUCUCUUCAGCGUCGCUACUGACCGACUGGGAGGCGUGAUCAAGAGCCGGGCUGAUGCAAUGCUCAGUAUGCAGCAGUUGAGCUCCGAGGUGUUUCAAGAAGCCUUUGAAAGUGCACGUUGGAGCCAGGAGCAGCUGCAAUCCUACAGCAUCAUCCAGGGCAGUUCGAAUCUCAAUCGAUUUCAGAUUGCAAGCUACGACAUGUGCGCCGAAUGGUCGCAGAAACCAGAGGCAUUCGGCUACGGAGAGAAGGGCGUCUACCUCAACCACUCUUGCGAGCCGAAUUUGAUCUACUACUGGAAUCCGCAAGAAGAGCAAAUGCAACUUAGAGCUCUAGCUGAGAUCUCUCCUUCUGACGAGCUGACUGUCAACUACCUUGCCCCUGAAAUCUGGAUGGACAAGGCAGAACGACAAGGAGACCGGACGCAUCUCCUCAAACUCGACCAAUGUGAGUGCCGCAAAUGCACAGGGGUGCCUUCAGAUGUCAGCGACGCCCGGAUUAAGUACAUCAAUGAAAUGGAACAAACUCUUAUGACCGUUGCCAGUGGUGGAGACACACUCGAGGAUGUUUCAAAGGUCACAGAGAACUUUGUUCAGCAAUGCGAGCUGGAGCUGGGUGGUAAAGCGACGUCGGAAUCGACAUUUCCGGUUUAUCUGGAUCCUCGCCUCAUCAACGUGUCCGUCUCUUGUCUGUAA